AUGACUUUCGGCGUCUGCUAGGGAUCGUCCCCAUUUCCGCUCCCAGACCGCGAAGGACGGACGUACACCGGCCGGCACAGAUAUAUACUGAUAUAUACCGGUAACUACCAUUUUACAGCUGACUUUUAAAACAGUAGCAUCAUGGGUAAGAUCAAUGUCGGACCAGUUGUGGAGGUCAAAGGUGACGAGAUGACCCGGGUCAUCUGGGAACUGAUCAAGGAGAAGCUGAUCUUCCCGUUCCUGGAUGUGGAGCUGCACACCUUCGACCUGUCCAUCGAGGAACGGGAUCGUACAGACGACCAGAUCACCAUAGACUGCGCCAACGCCAUCAAGAAGUACAGCGUGGGGGUGAAGUGUGCCACCAUCACUCCAGAUGAAAAAAGAGUAGAGGAGUUCAACCUGAAGAAGAUGUGGAAAUCGCCCAAUGGCACGAUCCGUAACAUCCUGGGCGGAACAGUGUUCCGUGAGGCCAUCAUCUGUAAGAACAUUCCCCGAUUGGUCACUGGCUGGACAAAACCCAUUGUGAUUGGACGUCACGCUUUUGGAGAUCAGUACAAGGCCACAGACUUUGUGGUACCAGGAGCAGGGAAACUGGAGAUCACCUUCACAUCUGAGAACGGAGGAGAGGCACAGAAGUACACAGUUUUCGACUUCAAAGACGGGGGAGGGGUGGCUCUGGGCAUGUACAACACGGACGCCUCCAUCAGGGACUUCGCCCACAGCUGCAUGACCUUUGCCCUACAGAAGAGCUGGCCGCUCUACAUGUCCACCAAGAACACCAUCCUGAAGAAGUACGACGGAAGGUUCAAGGACAUCUUCCAGGAGAUCUACGACCAGAAGUACAAGGCGAAGUUUGAGGAGGCAGGAAUCUGGUACGAACACCGGCUGAUAGACGACAUGGUGGCGUACGCCAUGAAGUCUGAGGGCGGGUUUGUCUGGGCCUGUAAGAACUACGACGGUGACGUGCAGUCUGACUCUGUAGCACAAGGUUAUGGUUCCCUGGGGAUGAUGACCAGCGUACUGAUAUGUCCUGAUGGAAAGACAGUAGAGUCUGAAGCUGCUCACGGCACCGUAACACGACACUACAGGAUGCACCAACAGGGCAAGGAAACAUCCACCAACCCCAUCGCCUCCAUUUUUGCGUGGACCCGAGGCCUUCUCCACCGCGCCAAGCUGGACGGGAAUGAGGAGCUGAGAACGUUUGCCACCCGCCUGGAGGAGACGUGUAUCGAGACCAUCGAGGGAGGGAAGAUGACCAAAGACUUGGCCAUCUGUAUCAAGGGUCUACCCAAUGUGACACGUGAGGACUAUCUCAACACCUUUGAGUUCCUGGAUGCUCUGGCUGAGAAUCUACAAAAGAAGCUCUCUGCCAAAUGACUUGGGGGAAGAACCGCUAAACUUUGAUCACAAAAUACACUCAAACUCUGUUUAAGGACCACCUGGCCAUUGAUAUACAGUCAAAUCUGUACUAGUUCACCUAUGUAUAAGGACCACCUGGCUAUUGAUACAUGUGUACAGUCAAACCACCUUCGAGUCUGCAAAUUAAUACUCGGCCACUUUUUGUGGUCCUUUACAGUAUUUUCCCCAUUGAUCCUGAUUAUACUGACCAUUUUCUUCAUUCCAGAUUACUACCGACAGGUUUCAAAAUGCAAACGGUUGGGUCUGACUGUACAAGAGCUUGACUAUAUCUUGGUCAGAAUUAUUUUAAACAUAAGACAGAAAUUCUAUUUUUCACAUUUCAUAGAGUCCUUUGGGGAUGUCUGAAACUCUACUACUGUUUUGUUUUUCACGGUGGUGAAACUUUUUUACUAUUUAAACAUCUUACUGCAGUCCAGGAUGGUUGUUCUACCUCAUGUUUAGGACUUGUUCAAAAGGGUCACAGCAUCUAUGGAAGUAAAGCACACUUGGAAAUUUAUGUAUUUCUGGAAAUGCCAUGACACUUAAGAUAUGAGGGGUUAAAAUCAUGGUCAUGAUAAAUCCUUAAAUACAAUAGAAACAUUUAUGCAACAUGUUGAUACUGUAAAGUUCUAGGUCAGACAGCAAAUCAUGUGCGACUAUGAAGAUUUAAAACAGGUGAAGCAUGAUGAUACUAUACUUAAGUGUUACUUAAGGAAACACCAGUUCCUCUAGUUGGUUCUCAGACAAGUCAAGGUAAAAAUAUAGCAAGUAGAAAGCAAAAGGUCAUAGUCUUGGAGCAAAAUGUGCCAAGUUAGGGUGUUACACAUACAAUGUAAGAAAUUAACUGUAACAAAUCCACAUUGGACACUCUAUCUUUUCUAUGGUAUCUAUAUUUUGAAGUUACAUGAAGGUGAAUAUCUAAGCAGGCUACAUGUGUAGUUAAGUAUUAUAAGAACCAACUUGAAUCUAUAUAGAUUCUGAGAAGUACAACUCUAGUUUUUAGACUUUACAUUAAGAAUCUUUUUGCUGCUUUGUUGUUCUUGAGUACAUGUAGCUUGUUUACUGAACCACUGACAAUUAUAAACAGCUGAGGUGUUUAAAGUAAAUAGUAUAAUUGCAAUCAUUAUCUCUAUAUACUUGAAUCUAACAUAUCGUUAACUGGAGUCUUCCCACAUGUGCAGUGUACCAAGAGUGUAAUAUAGUUGUCUUUU